CAUGUGCAGUCAACCCGGAUGUAGAAUUUGUACGAUACGCUUCCCAUAUUUGAUUAUUUUAUGUGACAUUGUUGCUAACUGUGUCAAAAAUAGAACACGUAGUCCUUUUGUGGCACGCUUGAACCGGUCUAGACCGGGAUAGACAGAAGUGUCGCGUGAACUGUCACAGCUGACAGCAGUGGUAGGUCUACUGAAGCUUGGCAGUACUGUAAGCAUAACAAACCUUAGUUUUGAGGUUGUAGGCUCCGAUUUUGUUAUUACUUUAGUUGAAUGCUUCAUAAUACGAUUUAAAUAAUUUUAGCCUACAAAUCAUGUAUUAGCUAAUUCAGGUUAGGCCUAAAUAAUAGGGAAUAGGAUAGCCUGUACUAGCAGGGUUAUUAGCCUUCAGCCAAUCUCGGGCUAAUGCUUGGCUAUCACUACUUUGAUUGGAGAGAAAAAAACAGAGUUUAACUCAGAAGACCUGUCAUCUGUCAAAGUGGCGUCUAGAAUGGACUUCCGCGGUAGAAAGUAUGAGCGGGGCAGCAACUGGUCCGACCCAGAGGUGGCCGAACUCCUCCAGCUGUGGUCAGAUGAGUCGGUCCAACUCGAGCUGGAAAGUUGCCUCCGAAAUCAACAUGUAUUUAACCGAAUAGCGGACGUCCUGCGGGAGAACGGUAUCUAUCGCACUGGCGACCAGUGCAGGGAGAAGAUAAAAAAGAUGAAGCUGGAGUACCGCCGCAUUAAGGACAACCACAGGAUGAUACGCGGCGGGAGGUCGUGGAAGUUUUAUGACGUUAUGGACCGGGUCUUAACGAACCGACCGGCCAUAUCCUACUCCUCAUUGGGCGGUGCCGUUAUAGCCCACCAAGUCCUCCAGAGCCCGCCUAGUGGGGCAGACGCAUACAUCCAUGGUCUGCCAGGUGGUGCCUUUGGUUCCACUGCUUCGGGCGGGUUCUUGUUUGGUCAUCCGCCCAGGCUGGGGGAGCUGCUUGAGAUCAAAUGUGAGCAUGCAGAGUCCGAGGACGGAUUGCUGAACUCCGAUGCUGCGCCCCCAGAGCUACUGUACCAUACCGGGUCUGGAGAUGAGCAUGACACUGAUGGGAAGUCUGCCGGGCUGGACCAAGAGGAUCCGGUCGAGAUGGCGAGAGGAGAGCGCACGACGAGCGCGCGAUUCUCUCCUUCAGGUUUCAGUGAUCAGAACCAGGCUGGGUCCUCAGGCACAGGGGCCUCCAUUGCUGGUCCUGAUGGCCGGGACAUAGGGAACCAGCGUGACCCAGGGGUUCCCGCUGCAGCCCCUGUGAGGCAGAGGAAGCGUCGGCGUGCAGGUAGAGGGGCUGGUGGGGGAGGAGGGGGUGGAUGUGGGGGCCGGGGGCCCCUGGACGAGGCCCUGGUCAGCUUCCUAAGCUGGCAGCGGUCUGCUGAGGAGCGGCUCAUCUCCCUGGAGGAGGCACGGCUGGAGAGGGAGGCGCAGGCGGAGGAGAGGCGGGAGCAGAAGGAGGAGAGGAGGGCGGAGCAGGAGAGACAGCAUGAGCUCCGUCUGUUCAGCAUGUUCACUGGGGCCCUGGCCGCUGUUAGACAGACUGCCCCUACUGCUCCACCGUUUGCUCCUACUUUCUCUACUGACUCAACUGUACCCUCUGCCACUUCUGGACAUACCGCUAUACUUAACGCCCUAUCUGCCCCAGCUACUUCGUCUGUCCCAUUUGGCUGUCCUGCCCCAACUACAGAACCACCACCAUCCAUCCCAGCCCGUUGCCCCACUAAACCUGAGAGCAUACUGGCCACACUAAGUGGUGCAGAGACCCCUGGCCACAGUGUGUACCUGUCCCGCCGUGGCAACUCCAUUAGACAGCACCAGGGCAUUCUACAGGAGGGCUACACCCAGUACCACGCUGACAAAUACCAGCACACUGACAACCCCAAUGGCAUCAUCAACAUGGGCACCAGUGAGAACAAGCUGUGCUAUGAUCUGCUGCACAAACGGAUGACCCAGCCUGACAUGCUUCAUAUCGACCCAGCCUUGCUGCAGUAUCCUGACUGGAAAGGCCACCGCUUUCUGAGAGAAGAGGUGUCCAGGUUCCUGUCCCACUACUGUGGUUCGCCCAGGCCACUGAGAGCAGACAAUGUUGUGGUGAUGAAUGGCUGUGGCUCCCUCUUCUCAUCCAUAGCCGCAGUGCUUUGUGACCCGGAAGAUGCAAUCCUCAUUCCAACUCCAUUCUAUGGAGUGAUCACUGAGGAUAUGCAUCUGUACAGCGGUGUUCAGCUCUUCCAUGUUCAUCUCGACUGUGAGCCUAGUGGCAGUGGCAGUCGGCCGUUCCACCUCACUGUGGACAAACUGGAGGAAGCUAUGAGGAAGGCGAUUAGCGAGGGGUUGAAUGUGCGGGCCGUGGUCCUGGUGAACCCCCAUAACCCCCUGGCUGAUGUCUACUCCCCUCAAGAGAUGACUGGCUUUCUGGAGUUUGCCAAGAGGCAUAAGUUGCACGCCAUUGUAGAUGAGGUGUACAUGCUGACAGUGUUUGAAGACACAGUAACCUUCCACAGCGUCCUCAGCAUGGACAGCCUGCCGGACCCCCAGAGAACACAUGUGAUGUGGGGGAUGAGCAAGGACUUUGCGAUGGCAGGAGUGCGUGUGGGCACUGUGUACUCUGAUAACAGGGACUUGGUGGAAGCUCUAGAUAAACUGGGGAUGUUCCAUGGUGUCCCUGGUCCCAUACAGCACCAGAUUGCAAUCCUGCUCCAGGACAAAGAUUGGAUCAAUGGGAAGUUUCUUCCAGAGAACAGGCUGAGAAUGCAGGCAGCUCACAGGUACAUGACAGGGGAGCUACAGAGCCUGGGAGUCCCCUACCUCCACCGGCCUGCUGGCUUCUACAUCUGGGCUGACCUCAGGAAGUACCUGUAUGAACCGUCAUUUGUGGAGGAACUGUCCCUGUGGAGGUGUUUCCUCAGACACAAGGUGGUGCUGAGCUGUGGCCAAGCCUUCCAUUGCUCCACUCCCGGCUGGUUCCGCAUUGUCUUCACAGACCGACAGCAACACCUUACGCUCGGCAUGCAGAGGAUCAGGAGGGCCUUGGAGGAGAUAGAUGGGGUCACAUCCACCCUUGACACGGGCACAACCAACGAGGCCACAGAGGAGAAAGGGACAGAGAAGACAACACAGGGGGACACAACAGACGCACAAAAACCUCUUGCUGUUAAGUCAACAUCCUUGUCCAAGAACAGAUCAUCAGAAGAGCCAGAGGAGAAGGAUAAUAACAUCCCUGAUGCCAUCCCAUUGGUCAGUGAAGAUUUGAUCUUGCUUGACUGCCAGACGUCCCACCCCGCAGAAAGUCUGGACUCCCUGAUUGGUGCCCUGAGGCAACAGAUCCACACCUCUGAUUGGCUUGAGAAGAACACUCCGGAACUGUCUGCUGGGGAGGACCCAGAGCUUCUGGAUGUGUUCAAAGACCUGCUGGACAGAGCCAGAAAGUAGAGGAGAGGAGUGGAUGGAGAGGAAAGGAGGAGAUGGAGAGGAAAGGAGUGGAUGGAGAGGAAAGGAGUGGAUGGAGAGGAAAGGAGGGGAUGGAGAGGAAAGGAGGGGAUGGAGAGGAAAGGAGGGGAUGGAGAGGAGAGGAGGGGAUGGAGAGGAGAGGAGAGGAGGGGAUGGAGAGGAGAGGAGGGGAUGGAGAGGAUGGAGAGGAAAGGAGGGGAUGGAGAGGAAAGGAGGGGAUGGAGAGGAGAGGAGGGGAUAGAGAGGAGAGGAUGAAGAGGAGGGGAUAGAGAGGAGAGGAUGAAGAGGAGGGGAUAGAGAGGAGAGGUUAGAGGAGAGGAAAGGAGGGGAUGGAGAGGAAAGGAGGGGAUGGAGAGGAAAGGAGGAAAUGGAGAGGAGGAAAUGGAGAGGAGGGGAUGGAGAGGAGAGGAAAGGAGGGGAUGGAUGGAGAGGAAAGGAGGGGAUGGAGAGGAAAGGAGGGGAUGGAGAGGAGAGGAGGGGAUAGAGAGGAGAGGAUGAAGAGGAGGGGAUAGAGAGGAGAGGAGGUGGAAGGAAAGGACAGGAGGCAAGAAAGGACAAAGGUUCCCCAGUUUGUCCACAUCAGAAUGUCUUAAUUUUUUGUUGUUAUGAGAGCUGUUCUUCAUUAUUUCAGCCAGAAGUCAGUGUAUCAGGCUGUGCUGUAAUCUCUGCAGUUCUGUUCAAUGAAUGCCAAUGUUGACUCAAACGAAUAUACAGAGUUAAGUUUAAGUCUCUGUCAAAUACAUUUUAUACUUUAGUUAUAACUCGUUUUCUGGUUGUACUUUUGUUCUGUAAUCCACUUUAAUGAUUAACCUUGAAUAUGGUUAUAUGUUUAUGACGUGGUCAUCUAUAGUACCAUUCAUGAGCUUUUAAUACAGUUGUUGUUCAUACUGUAUACAUAUGUACAGUAAAUGGUUCUGAAUAUUUCACAAAGUCUUAAUGUUGAUAAAUUGGUCAACGUUCAAUAAAAGCCUUAUUUUUA